AUGUGGAAGACUUCAGUUGUGAUGGCCAUGGCCAUUCCCCUGGUGACUGCCACCCUAGCGGAUUUCGCACUUCAAACAGUACUUGACAAUGCCACUCCAAUAUUUGGAUCAUGCAAAAAAAGCACAGGCGAAAAAUCAGAAUGGAUGAAGAACUAUCCCGAUGAAACCUUGCUCGUUCAUAUGAACAUCCCCGGCACUCAUGACAGCGCCACGUGGAAUUAUACACAGACGACGCAAGAUACCAUGCGGGGCAUCACAAAUCUCAACCAAGUCAAUGUUCCAGUACAACAGGCAUUGCGAUGUCAAGAGUUACCUUUCGUCGACAUGCUCGACAUGGGAAUCCGGGCAUUUGAUCUGCGAUAUGCGUUCGACCCGACAAACUCCACCCUCGUCUUCUACCAUGCCCAGGCCCUGCUUUCGCAGACAGCCACAGUCAAUGAUGUACUGUUUGGUUUUUAUCAGUGGCUAGAUGAUCAUCCAUCAGAGACUAUCUUCCUUUCAUUCCAGUACCAAGGCUCGACGGGCCUGUACGCCUCCAACAACGCGGCCGUGCAAUUGCAGCUCUACAAUAUCCUCACCUCCCCUGUCGCGCGCCAUUAUUUCAUGCAAACAAAAGACGAACUAGGUACCCUGGGUGAUUCCCGUGGAAAGAUAACUCUCAUGCGCCGUUUUGACCUGGACAAACUUCUAGGUUCUUACACAGCGGCACUCCCCGGCCUGCAUUUCUCGCCCAGUCUCUGGACUGAUAACGGCGCAGAUAUUACCCUGAUAUACAACAAGGCCAAGAGCUUGAGUGCAUACAUAGAAGACUACUACCAGCCGCUCACGCCGACAGGGUCCAGUGCGAUCGAGAAUAUCAAAUGGAAAUACAACGCCACAGUGAAAAAUAUCCACAAAGCCAUUACCCGGCAUCCGGACAGUCUGUUCUGGACAUGGGCUUCUAGUAAUAACAUUGCAAAUGAUCCACCCGAUUGGCCCCGCAUUAUGGCACUGGGAAAUGGGACUUGCUACACACCAGCUGGCGGUAUUAAUCAGCAAUUAGUACAUCUCCUGAAAAGACAGAGAGGCAAGCGAGUGGGGAUCGUGAUGUUUGAUUUCUUUAGCCAGCCCUCCGACCUGAUUGAUACAUUUUUAGAGUUGUGA